GAGAAGGAAGGAAGGAAAGAAGGAGAAGGAAAGAAGGAGGGAAGGAAGGAGCCGGGCGCGCCGCUUGAUAUCGCCCGCUUGCUCUGCGCCUUCUCUAUCCUGCGCUCCGGCACUCUCCCAGCAGCAGCGGAUUCAGGGCAGAGGCAGGAGGCUUGGAGAAGCAGCCGACGACCUCCGGACACUCAGCCACCCACCCGGGCACUGGAUUGCCCCGGAGCGCAGGGUGCAAGCCGUGCGCCUUCGGACCCUGUGCGCCCCGGCCCGUAUGCGCCCUGCGCUCUCGGCGAGCCAAUCGGGGCUCCGGAGAGGGGACCUUGGCUAGUUUGAGCUGAGACUGGGAAAGGUCACUCCACAUGAGUGUUGGGGGGGCUUGAGACGGACUCGUCUAGACCCCCAGCUCCCACUUAACCCUGCCUCUGAGAAACAGAAGGGAGAAUCUCCUAACCCCUUUUCAAGUCAUGGUGGGUCACCUGCAGUUCCAAGGUAUGGACAACACCAACAAGGAAAAGAACCAGGAGAGUUUGCUGGACAGUCCUGAUUCGGGGCUGCCCCCCAGCCCGAGCCCUCCUUUCUAUUCCUUGUCUCCGGGCGGAGCCGAGAACAAAGCUGUGGAGAAGAAUUCCUGCACAGAAAUCCUGGAUCAGGGGCCCAGGAGAGAUGGGCCAGAAGGGAAACUGCAGGUGCAAUUCGGAGAUCAAGUACAGCUCAGAGAAACACUUCCGGGAUGACAUCUUCUACCACCCCACGCCCACCAUCACCACCUACCGAGAGUCCGUCACGGUGGCCCCCAACUGCACUUGGCGCAACUAUAAAUCUCAGCUCCUGUUUGAGCCGCGUCAGAAGCCCCUGCGGUAUCAAAGCACAACCAUCAUUUUCCCCAAACACGCCAAAAACCUGUACCGGACCACGCUCAACUACCGGCUGGGCUGUGCCAAGCGGUGGUUCGCCUCCAGCGUCCAACUCGCCUUGUGCGAGGACAACAACACCUACCUGACGCAUCCGGAGAACUUGUCCUAGGCUUCCUGGAAGGUCAGGGCUAGGCUACCCUGUCCACCUACACCAUCGGUCCACCUCUUGGAGACACGUUUAUGGACUUCAUCAACCCCCGGCUGAAGGCAUCUCAGAGACAUCCACAGGGUUACAAUUUCUUCCUUGCCGACUCGAUUGUGGGCCACGCAAGUGUCUUUCACACUUCCAAGAACCGGUUCGGGGAGAGAGGCUCCUCCUAAGAUUUUAAAUUGGAGGUUGAAUUUGUCUCCUGUCAGGUCCAGCCUCUUUAUGUAGCACUUAACUGUCAUUUUUUUAAAAAAUCAAGAAGUCCGUCGUCCGUAGUUUGCUAUUUAAAUCUCUCUAAAGUAUCAAACUUUUUUGAAGAUUUCCCCGCGGCUUUUAGAAGGUUUGUUGCCUUGGGGAAAAAAGUAUUAUCCAAGAAUCUCAUUGGAGCAAAUUAUCAUCAUCAUUUAAUGACUCCAUAAUCCUUUGCGGGGUGGAGUCUGAGCAACUGAUGGAGCUAGCAAAGUGUUUGAUUGGCCGGAUGCCCUUCCUGUUGCAAGUAUGGAGUUUUUUUCCAGCAGAUAUAUUCUCAGCAUGCACAGAGAGAGAAAUAUCAGCCUCUACCUAGGAUCGAACUUACAGCCUCCUGAGUAUGAGAUGAGAGCUCCGCUUCUAGGCCACCACACCACUCAUUGACCAAUCAAGCAAUCUAAGUAUUAAUUUCAUCUGGAGAAUAUUAUUGGGAAGCCUCAAGAUCACCAUGAUGGGAUUAACACAUAAAAUAGAGGGAGUUUAUGCAAGAAUUAUAUGUGAUAAGCUUAGCUUUGGGGGUGGUGUGUGUGAGCCAACAGUUGUCUUGGACCAAAUGUCUAUUUCCCCCCCGUCCCCCCCAAAAACAUUAUGUGAAGAAAAGGGUUUCAAAUUCAUAAUUUCAAGAAUUCGCCUCUGUAAAACGUCUGGGAAGGAAACCAGAAGGAGAAACAACUUCACAUUGUUAGGUAACCAAAGAACCGGAAGAAGAAGACAAAAACUUUGCAUGUGCUUCUCAACCAUCUCCUUGCUGUUCUAUUUCUUGCUUUUCAAGAUUGGGAUUUUCAGCAUUUUGAAUGUUGCAAAAAUCUGCACCACCGUUAGAAGUGGCAAAACAAGAGAGAGAACUGAUUUGAUCUUUAUCGAGCUUCUUUAAAAACAAAACAAAAAACAAAAGCUUUAGAAAGGAGAUUAAAUCCAAAUGAAUCUUUGGAGCGGAUCUGAAAGUCAAAAUGUUGGAGAAAUUGUUAACCAUGAAUGAUCUUAAAAUAACAGUGAACGGUG